AGGGGUGCGGACGACGCCGCCUGCAAGAAGCGGCAGAAGGACCGCGCCAACCAGGAGAGCCGCGACGAGCUGCUGCUGGACUGGAAGCAGAAUGCAGAUGAGAUCAUCAUCAAGCUGAGCUUGGGCAGCAGCGCCCUGAAGGUGGAGGAUGUGGAGACGGUGUUCACAGACACUGACUGCAUCGUCAAGCUGCCAGACGGGCGGCAGUGGAGCUGCCAGUUCUACGAGGAGAUCGAAAGUUCCUGUAGCCGUGUGCAGCACAAGAAGGGCAACUUCCUCCAGCUGGUGCUGCAGAAGAAGAUCCCGCUGCACACCUGGGCCUCGCUGCUGAAGAGGCGGAAGGACGGGCCCAAGGAUCCAGUGUGGGGCACAGCAUGCUGGGAGAACGGCAAGGAAAAGGCUCCUGCUGAGGUGGCCCCCGCGGAGCCCCAGGUGGACGGCAGCCUGGAGCCACCCCGGGCUAAGCGGGACUCCUCCAACCCCAAGCGAGCUCCAGGCAGGAGCGAGGCCCUGGUGGGCCGGACCCCCCUGAGCCCCGGGCUGCUGAGUGGUCCCAGCGCGAAGCGGGCCGUGUACCUCAAGGCGGCACUAUCUGAGGAGGAACCUAAUGCCAGGGUCGUGGGGGGCCCGGAGUCCGGUGAGGGGCAUGGUGGGAAAGUAGGCAGCCGGCGCAAUGGCGGGGCUGGCCAAAGCGAGGCCCCUUCACCUGCCACAGACCCCAGCCUGCUCCUGGAGAAGGUGGAGCUGCUGGAGAAGGAGCCCAUGCCUGUGGAGAUGCAGCUGCUUGUGGACCCCUCAGAGACGUUCCCCCUUCCUGGCACCGCCUGCCUAGAGAAGAGAGUCCUGCCCCCAGCUGAAGCUGCCCGGGGCUGGGAGUGCGCACCAGCCCCAGGUGAGGGCCCAAAGGCAGCCCCAGUCAUCGCUGUUCCCCUGCUUCUGAGCAGAGACAACGACAAGAGGGACUGGUCCAAGGAUGAGGCAGCUCUGGAAGCCACCGUGGAUGAACCAGAGCCAAUUGUGAGCCUGACGUUUGUGAAGAACGACUCGUAUGAGAAGGGGAAUGACCUGGUGGUGGUGCACGUCUAUGUGAAGGAGAUCCACAAGGAGAGCUCCAAGGUGCUGUUUCGGGAGCAGGACUUCACGCUGGUGUUUCAGACCAGUGACACAAAUUUCCUGCGCCUUCACCCUGGCUGCAACUCCCACACAGUGUUUCGGUGGCAGGUGAAACUCAGGAACCUUAUCGAGCCAGAGCAGUGCACCUACAACUUCACCAUCUCCCGCAUCAAUAUCUGCCUGAAGAAGCGCCAGAGCCAGCGCUGGGGUGGGCUGGAGGCUCCUGCCACACGAGGUGCAGUGGGUGGUGCAAAGGUGGCCAUGCCAACAGGCCCUAGCCCCCUGGACAAGAGUCAGCCAGGAAGCAACCAGCUCCCACUGUCCGCCAAGGAGGAGGCCCGGGCAGGCGAGAAGGAGAAGCCGCGGGUGGAGGACAGUGGCCUGGACGGCAUCGCCACCCGCACCACUGCUGAACACGUGGCCGUGAAGCCAGAGCCACACGUCCCCUCACCCAAGCCGACGUGUAUGGUGCCUCCAAUGACACACAGCCCAGUGAGCAGCGAGAGCGUGGAGGAAGAGGAGGAGGAGGAGGAGAAGAAGGUGUGUCUGCCUGGCUUUACAGGGCUGGUCAACCUGGGCAACACCUGCUUUAUGAAUAGUGUCAUCCAGUCCCUGUCCAACACGCGGGAGCUGCGGGAUUACUUCCAUGAUUGCUCCUUCGAGUCUGAGAUCAAUUACAACAACCCACUGGGCACGGGUGGGCGCCUGGCCAUCGGCUUUGCCGUGCUGCUGCGGGCGCUCUGGAAGGGCACGCACCAUGCCUUCCAGCCCUCGAAGCUGAAGGCAAUCGUGGCCAGCAAGGCCAGCCAGUUCACGGGCUAUGCCCAGCAUGAUGCACAGGAGUUCAUGGCUUUCCUGCUGGAUGGGCUGCACGAGGACCUGAACCGCAUCCAGAACAAGCCCUAUACAGAGACGGUGGACUCAGAUGGGCGGCCUGAUGAGGUUGUGGCUGAGGAGGCAUGGCAGCGGCACAAGAUGCGCAAUGACUCCUUCAUUGUGGACUUGUUCCAGGGCCAGUACAAGUCCAAGCUGGUGUGCCCUGUGUGCUCCAAGGUGUCUAUUACCUUUGAUCCUUUCCUAUACCUGCCGGUGCCACUGCCGCAGAAGCAGAAGGUCCUGACAGUCUACUUCUUCGCCAAGGAGCCGCACAAGAAGCCCAUCAAGUUCCUCGUGAGCAUCAGCAAAGAGAACUCCAGCGCCUUGGAGGUGCUACAGUCGGUGGCCCACAGCGUACACGUGAAGUCAGAGAACCUGCGCUUGGCGGAGGUGAUCAAGAACCGCUUCCAUCGCAUGUUCCUGCCUUCCCAUUCCCUGGACACCGUGUCCCCCACGGACCUGCUGCUCUGCUUUGAGGUGCUGUCCCCAGAGCUGGCCAAGGAACGUGUGGUGGUGCUGCAGGUCCAGCAGCGCCCCCAGGUGCCCAGUGUGCCCAUCUCCAAGUGUGCGGCCUGCCAGAAGAAACAGCAGUCAGAGGACGAGAAGCUGCGGCGCUGCACAAGAUGCUACCGUGUGGGCUACUGCAACGUGGUCUGUCAGAAGACACACUGGCCGGACCACAAGACUUUGUGCCGCCCUGAGAACAUCGGCUUCCCCUUCCUUGUCAGUGUGCCGGAGUCGCGCCUCACCUAUGCCCGGCUGGCCCAGCUGCUGGAGGGCUACGCCAGGUACUCGGUCAGCGUGUUCCAGCCGCCCUUCCAGCUGGGCAGGAUGUCGCCAGAGCAGGGCCCGCAGCCUCUGCUCCCCGAGAAGCCGGAGCCCCCAGCCAAGAGCAGCUGCACAGUGGCUGCCCCGGCCUCUGAGUCAGGAGAUGGGGAUCAGGUCUCCCACCUGCUGCCAGAGCCCCAGCCCUCACCCCCUGCACCGGAGCUGCACCCUGAGCUGGGGGACACCAGCACCGUUCGGAGCAAGCUCCUUGCAGCCCGGAGCUCCUUGCUCAGCUUGGACUCUGACUUCUCUGAGCACCCUCUGGAGGUGUUGGGCGAGGGCCGUGGGGAGAAGGAGCCCUCCUACGAGAGAGCCCUCAAGCCUGAAGCUGCCAUCCCUGGGUACCAACAGCCACCUGAGGUACUAAGCGCCCACGCCACACAGUUCUACAUCAACAAAAUUGAUGCAGCCAACAAGGAGCACAAGCUGGAGGACAAAGGUGACUGUCCGCUGGAGCUGGCUGACGACUGCUCCUUGGCCUUGGUGUGGAAGAAUAAUGAACGGCUCAAGGAGUUUGUGCUGGUGCAGUCCAAGGAGCUGGAAUGCGUGGAGGACCCAGGCUCAGCCAGCGAGGCGGCCCGUGCCGGGCACUUCACCUUGGAGCAGUGCCUCAACCUCUUCACCAAGCCCGAAGUGCUGGCCCCUGAGGAGGCAUGGUACUGCCCCAAGUGCAAGCAGCACCGCGAGGCCUCCAAGCAGCUGAUGCUAUGGCGCCUGCCCAACAUCCUCAUCAUCCAGCUCAAGCGCUUCUCCUUCCGCAGCUUUAUCUGGCGGGACAAGAUCAAUGACAUGGUCGAUUUCCCAGUCCGGAGCCUGGACCUGAGCAAGUUCUGCAUUGGGCAGAAGGAGGAGCAGCAGCUGCCCAUGUACGACCUGUAUGCGGUGAUCAACCACUACGGGGGCAUGAUUGGCGGGCACUACACGGCCUACGCCCGCCUGCCCAGCGACAAGAACAGCCAGCGCAGCGACGUGGGCUGGCGGCUCUUUGACGACAGCACGGUCACCAUGGUGGAUGAGAGCCAGGUGGUGACGCGCUAUGCCUACGUCCUCUUCUACCGCCGGCGGAACUCUCCUGUGGAGAGACCCCUGCAGGGCCGGCCCCCGGAGCGCCACGCCGAGCGGGCCAGCUCUGCUGAGGCAGCUGCCAGCCAGGCUUCUCUGAUCUGGCAGGAACUGGAGGCUGAAGAGCAAGAGGAGCUGCCUGCGGUGCCUUGGCAGGCCCGUGGCCCACAGGCCAGGGCACAGGUGGCCACCCUCCCGGAGCACGCCGACGAGGGCUGCGUGCGGUACUUUGUCCUGGGCACUAUGGCCGCCAUUGUGGCCUUCUUCUUGAACAUCUUCUACCCACUCCUCUACCAGCCACGCUGGAGGUAGGCACUGGGCCCGCCCUCCACAAGCCUGUUCCUGGUGAGGGCUGCUCCACACCUGGACAAGGACUCACCUCACCAGGUAGGUGCUGGUCAGGGCACAGGACUGGAGCCUCCAGGACAAACUUGACCUGCCGCCAGAACCAAGAGCCCUGCUCCGCUGUGGAGAGGCCACCAGGCUGCCAGCUCCCCAACCUUCACAGCAGUGCCCUGCCACGGGUGGACACGGCCAGGAUCCAGCAAAGGCCCUGUCUGGCCACAAGAUGCUCAGCACCUACUUGCGUCGCAGCCCCAGCUGGAAUGGAGGUGGUCUGGAUGCCGGGGGGUAGGACGGGUGCGGGACGCAGGGACUGAGGAGGCUUCCCUAGCUCUGCACGCCUGCUCCUUUCUGCGCGCCAACGCCCAUGGCUGCCACUUGCACCUGGCUGGACUCUGACCUGCUGCAAGGUGGGGCUGGCAGCAGGCACCAGGUCCCGCCCUGGGACCACAUCACCCAGUGCUCACAGUGUGCAUGCCACAAAGCAGCAUCUGGCUCAGGGGAGUCUGUGCAGCUGUCUGGACAUCAUGUGCCAGCCUGUGGCCCCUACGAGUUGAUGGCUGCCCACGCGGCAGGGCCCUGGGGGCCAGACCAAGUGGGGACGGAUGGCAGGGAAGCACUUUGAACCUAGACCCAGCCUGGUCCCAGUGCUGCCCCACUGUUGGGGGCAGCAGCUGCUGGCUACUGGUGCAGGGAGGGCACCCAGGCGGAAGAAAGCUGCUCCCUCCCUUGCCUCGAAUGCACUAAUAAAGCCCGGCUGUU